AUGAGAUAAGUACAAGGACUGAAUAGGGUUCCAAGUGUUGAGAAUUACGAUCUAUUCAAUAAGAUAUAUUAAAAGUCUAAGUUAGCAAGGACUUAGCAAUCUUCUUAAGAUUUACUCUGCGAGGGAGAUCAGUAUCGAAUUUAACAAAGCUAAUAAAUGUUGGUUGAGUAUCUAAAAGAUCUCAAUGAGAUGAUUGAAGAUGUAGUAAGAUUAGUCGAUUAACUGCACUCACUUAACGAAUUAGAAGUAAAUAAUCUUUUCUAACAUCUCAAAAAAUAAUUGAGGAAUUUGAAGUAGGUCAUCUAAGCGAUAAUGGAUCUCAUGUUGGGAAAGGGCAAGUCACCGUUUUAGGCUUAAAAACCUUCCCAUGUCAAUAUUGUCAUGGUUAACACUAUUAGAACAUACUUGGUGGAUGUGUAUAUUCCAAAUUUGUUGGAGACAGCCAAAUAUGCCCUAGAUAAUUUUGAAGGUUACAAAGAAACGUUUUUAAAAGAUAUCAAAAUAGCUUCUACUUAAUUAAUUAUGAUAAAUCUUAUCUUUGGGGCUUCAGUUGACAUUGAUAAGAACUCUCUUUUCUCUCUGGAUAAAAAUCAUAAGGAUUGGAAAGAAUUAUAUUUAAUCUGUGAAAGGAAAUCUUUGGGAGAUAUUGAGAGAAUAAACCAAUCGUUUGAUAAUUUUGCUAACACUAUAUUAAUUGGUCAUGCCAUCAUGGGAAAAAGCAGUAAAUUUAAAAAUGAAAUACUGAAAAAAUUAUAGUUAGCAAUUAAUAGUGUUUAUUAUCAAAUUUUUGAUGCAAAGAAAGAAGCAUUUACAAACAUGAGUUAAAUGAAAGCUUAAAAUGCUAUAGAAGUUAUGAAUAUGAUUGAAACACCUGCAAUUAAGAAAAUUAUGGCCAUGGCUUACCCGAAAAUUAAAGUUAACUGUAAAAUAUAUAUUGACCCUGUUGUCACUCCUAUUUCUAUUUAAUGGGUCAAUUAAUAAUUAAAAAUUGGAUAAUUAAAUAGAAUAACAACAUAACAAAUGAAAUUGAUAAAUGAAGAAUUGCAUCUUGAUCCAAAUGCAAAAUCUAUUUUACAUAAAUUUGAUCCAUAAAAAUUAAGAAUUAGAAUUUUAUGCAAUUCUUCUAUCGAUGACACAAGCAGUUCAUGGUUCUCUAAUUCAUAAUAACAUGUUUUGCAUGACACAAUUCUAAUACAUAUUCAUGGAGGUGGAUUCAUAGCUCAUUCUAGUUCUAGUCAUUAAUCUUACACAAGGGAAUGGGCUAUUAGGUUGGGAAUUCCAAUUUUCUCUAUUGAUUAUUCUUUGGCUCCUAAAUAUCCUUAUCCUCAAGGCCUAGAUGAUGUUUGGUAAGCCUACAAUUGGAUCUUAAUAUAUUGUUACAAACAUUUUGAUAUCCAACCAAAACGUAUCAUUCUAGCAGGUGACUCUGCAGGAGGUAAUUUAGCUUGCGCAUUAACAGGGCUAGCAAUUAAAAUGGGGCAGAAAGUUCCUGAUGGAUUAUUUAUGGCCUACCCUGCUUUGGAUCUAAGAUUUAAUUUUACUCCCUCUUAUUUGCAUGCCUUAACUGAUAAAAUUAUUAGUCAUACGAUAUUGGGGAUUUGUGUUGAAUCUUAUGCUUCUAAUCCAUUAACAUAAUUAAGUAGCGAUCCAUUUAUUAAUCCUAUGAUGUUAUCAGAUGAAAUUCUCGCUAAGUUUCCUCCUACAAGAUUAAUGUGUGGUACCAAGGAUCCCUUACAUGAUAACACUUGGGCUUUUGCAUCAAGACUUCUAAAAGUUAAAAAAAAUGUGUAAUUUACUAUUUAUGAAUAAAUUUGUCAUGGGUUUUUAUGUUACAAAACAAUUAAAGGCAUGUAAGAAAUAUAAAUGUGUAUCGAUGAUGCAGUAUCAUACAUACAAGAACUAAUAAACCUAUCUAAAUCCUGA